AUGUCUCAGGACUCCUCCUCGUGUCCUAUGUCUCUUUUAGCCUGUCCCAUGACAGCACCGCUGGAACAUCCGCCACAAUCGUGCAUCGUCGGAAAGGUCGCCCAGCCACAUCCUUCGAGCUCCAUUGACAAGCCUUUGAAGGUUUUUUCUAAGGUGGUUCAUCCGUGGUUCAGCUGGAUUGAUGCCAGGGAUGCCUUCAAUGCUGUUGUCGAAGCGGAGAAAGUUUGGGAAAUGCGAGAAAAACGAAAAGCAAGUCUCGGGCAAGAGGGUGCCUUAGGCAUCGACUUUUUUCUACACGCUCAUGAGAAGGCGAGAUUAGCAAGGAAUGAUUGGUUAUCUCAAAGAGCCACUCGUCCGCGAGCUGCUUUUCAUACGGCCAAUGUCCACAUCGGCUCAUCAUCUGCAAUUUCGGUACACCAUGGAAAGACGGCGAUGCGGCCAGACCUCAUCUAUACUGAUGUUCCAGUGCCACAUGCUGUGACCAUACCUCCCACCCUCCCUCACGAAGCGCCGUGUCCUUGGGAUCUUCAGAAGGACAUGUUCCUUCUCCCGGCCAAGUGGAGUUGGCAGCAAGCUAUACAUGAAGCCUGCUGCACUGAUAACCCUGUCGUAUCGGUCACAGCGGCCUGCAGAGUAGCCAGCUCAUGCAAAUGGUUUGACAAGACCCUGAAGGAGCUUAUUGGAAUGCUCAUAGAGAAGAUUCUAGUCCUUGGGUCGCAGAGCGAAAUGCUGAACCUUGCGAAAUUUGCGGGCGCAUUGCAUACCGCACUCGAAAAUAGGAAUCAUCCUGGGGCACUCGACGCGAUAGAAUUCACACGGUGGUUCGAAGCUGCAUUCCAGCAUCAGUUCUGUCUGUGGUGGGAUCUGGUGCAGUCCAACCGAAUCCGAGAGGGCACUGCCGCCACUGCAUCCCCAGCCCAGCCUAUGGUGUCCUUGCUCCUGUUUGAAUUUAUGGGCGCUCUGUAUCGCGAAGGCGUCAUUACCCGGGGCUGCAUGUGGGGCACGAUUGAGAAGCUGCUUUGCAAUACCAACACUGUUGAGCACCUUCACGGUCUUCGUUCUAUGCUGAAACACUCGAUUCGACAACUUAGGGUUGGCGCACGAGGAAGAGCCGACAUGCGUUUCUUCGUGAACAUCUUGAGAGUUAUCCCUGCCACAGUCGCGAAGAACACGAACAUUCUGCAUGAGGCACUCCAGAUCCCACUACUGAUCGAUGAAAUCCAAACUCUGAUAUAUUCGCGCCCUCCCGAGCGUCUUUCUCCGUGGUCUUACAAGUUAUUUCUGGCCUCCGAAAUCGAAUCACGAGCUCAAGUAUCCGCAUCGGCGGCAUUGUCAAAUUAG